UUCAGCAGAAACGCAGAACGAGGAAGGAAGGGUGUGGACGCAUUGCCGAACUGUGGCGAACCGGGAAAGUCGUCGUUUUCGCUGAUAUGAAGGUGGAUAUUUAUCCAGGCCUGCACUGAACCGUGGACAUGGAGAAGAUGGCGGCGUUGUGGCUCCUGUUUGCGGGGCUGAAUUUCGCUCUGGCCGAAGAUAUACCGCAAUACUUCAUGGAGGGCGGCAAACUGACGCUGGACUUGAGGCCUCCAUCUUCUGAACCGAUCAACUACAUCCUGUGGAAGUUCAGGGGUAACCUGCUGGGUGAAUGGGUGAAAGAUAAGGUUGGCUUGACCUAUUACGGCACCUUUGAGGGCCGCACAACCCUGGACACAAACACUGGACGUCUGGAAAUCAGCAGCAUGACUAAAGCUGACGUUGGGGUGUAUUCAGUGGAGAUCAACAACAAGCUUCAGCCUGAUCAAUAUAAGGCUGUGUUAAUCGAAGAAGUCUCCCAGCCUGAGGUAGUAAUAAGACCCUUGAUAUGUGGCACUACCCCGGAGAGCUGUACCGCGACCUGUGAAGCAAACACCACAGAUGCUGGACCCGUCACCUACAGCUGGCAGAUGGGAGACGGAGAGUGGAAGGAGUCGGGGAAGAACAUGAACAUCACCAAGGCUGACACUGCGGACGUGAAGACCUUUACAUGCCGGGUUAAGAACCCACUCGGUAAGAAAGAAAGUGAACGCAAAGACAACCCGCUCUUCGGGAAGGACACGCCUGACGGCCUCGGUGCUGGGGGGAUUGUGGGCAUCAUUUUCGGUGUGCUCAUCGGGGUUGCUGCUGCGGUGACGGGUGUGGCGUGGCAUCUGAAGAUAGGCCCCUUUAGCCCUGAUGGUACAACUGAACAGCCACUUAAUGCUACCCGCACUCCAGAAGAGCCCCCUGGAGCUGAAAAUCGAGAGCAACCUAAUGACACUCCAACUGAGAUAGUUCCUCUCAACAGUCCAGCAGCCCCAAGCGCUAACGGAGACCAAAUCCCAUGAAGUACUGGAGCUAUAUUCCUCAUGGAGACACCAUCAGAUUUGUCCUCAGACUGCUUUUACUACAUACAUGUCAAGACAACAUCCAUGUUUUUAUUAGCCCUCAAGCUGUGUGCCUCAUCAACUGUUACUGGCAGCAGAUUUUCACACUGCUGUCCCAAAGCAGUGAAGCUGGUCUGACAACAGACACAUGGUGUAUGUGUGUAGGUAUUUGCUCAUGGGAGCUGGGCGGUGUAGAACAAAACUAAUUAGGAGAUAUAAAAGAAGGGAAGAUAGAUUGAUUCAGUGCCAAUUCAGCUACAUUUCAGCCCUCAAUUCGUAGUGUUAGAACAAACACACAUGAUCCAAAAAAUAUACGCCCAGCUCUGACAAAGUCAUGCUUUUAUUUUGCUAGUGACCAGGGUGGACUGCAGGAAAUACAUAUGAGGAAGUGUAAUACUCUUAAGAGAUGAUGAGCUCAUUGAAGCUGAAAAAAAAAUGCUUUGGUUGUAAUAACUCACCCGCCAUGGCUGUGGCAGUGUUUUAUACCCUGCUUCACUCGACAGUGAAAGAAGAUGGAGGUUGGAGACUAACUGAAUGUGCCUCGUGUAAAUAUAUUGUGCUUUUGAGAUGAGCAACAGAUGCGAAAAGAUGACUGAUGACUUUUAGGUGCAUGUUCAGGGUUGAUGCAGCAACUCAUUUGGACCAUCUGUAUUUAUAUGAAUAAUCUGAAUCAGUCUGCUUAAAGUUGUUUGGUAAUCAUCUGUUUUUAUACAGUGUUUUCUGUAAUUUGUGCUCUUUUUAGCUUUUAUCUGUGUUUUAUCCUCCUUUUCUUCAGUCGAGUAUUUUCCUGUUUGCACUUCAUGAAUAAGGUAAAGAUGAGGAAAACGAGCUUUUAAUGUCGCUGGUUUUUAAUUUAUUUUAUUAGGCUUUUUAAAGAUGGAGUGCCUUUUAAAUAAAUGUGUGGCUCUACUACGGAGACUGUACAUAUUUUGUAUUUCUCUUAUUCAGUGAUCAAACGAGGAAAACAAAAACAUGAGGAAAAGGGGUACAUGUACAUUUGAAUUUAUAGAAAAAAAAUGUUUUUCAUGCAGUAGUUCAGUUUCAUUUCAUGCUCACACCGCUCUACAUUUGCAUUUAUGGAUUCAAAACUUAGCAAAUAAAAUGUGAAGAUUUAAAGUAAAAACACGUCGUCCAUCCACAUCUUUUUAUUUUCAUAUGUAACAAAAAUAACAACAACUGUGUGUAGAUUAAUUUCAGUCCCACACGACUUUUUAAAAACGUAGAAUUAAACAUGAAAACCAACUGCGUGUGAAUAUCGACAGCUGAAUUUAAUUCAAAAGCAUCGCUGAAAAUGCAGAAAUGUAAAACAAAUUACCUGACAGAUCUGAAAAUCAAGAAGCUGAACUGCAUUAAAUGAAUAAGCUAGGAGCUGAAAUACAUCAUAACGAUGGCCGAAGAGCAAAACCUCCUAUCUGAAAAGCGCACACUGUUAAUGCACACUGUUAUUAUGUGUCACAAUACCGACUAGGUAUUAGUGCCUCACAAAAUGCAGGUAGGAGGUUUUCCCCACUCUUCCUGGGUCAUUCUGUGGAUGGGAGGUUUUGCACUUUGGCCAAAAGGUUUGUGCAUUUGUAAAUGCAUUCGUAGAAUUAAAGUAGAAGUGUUUCUGUGUUAGUAUUAGAGGAUUCAGGAUUCAUACUUCACCUGUUGCACUGCUGACAGAAUAUUUGUUAGAACUUUCCAAUUUAUGUUCUCAAAGUGAUCGCUCCAGUGGUGCGAUGAGAAGCUGCAGGGCAAUGUAUUUUAUGUCUAAGAAUGUUGUUACUGCUUUUGUUGUACUUUAUUUUGCUGCCAUUAAACAACACAUUUGCCAUAAACAAGCUCCACAAUUUCAAACCGAAAAGUAGAAAUCUUGUAAUUCUCCCGAGCUUACACAAACAUGUCAAAUCAGUGGUUCAGUCCUGCUCUCAUCAUUGCAGAAACAUUAAAAUAUGAGACCAUUUCUUCCCGUCCAACAUCCAGAGACUGUUAUCUAUCUUCAUGACUACAUUAGAUUAUGUAAUGGUAUCACAGUGUAAUUCCCUGCUCUCUAAGAAAACAUCCCUCUCCGCCUUUAGUUUAUCUAAAAUUCUGCUACUAGGAUUUUGACUCAGUUAGGAAACCACACCUCACAGAUCCCGGCUUCCUUCACUAGAGUAGAUUUUAAGCUGUUUCUAAUUAUUUACGAAGCCCUCAGAGGCCUUGUGCCAAGUUAUCUGAUCUGUUAUUGCCCUUUGUCCCUUCUCCCACCCUGAGAUUAAUUUACAAAAGUAAUACAGCCUUUGUUGUCAGAGUUCCUCCAGAAUCCAGAGUUGCAAACUUUGUCUCGUCUUUAAAUCACUUUUAAAAAGCCACUUUUUAUGAAUUCCUUUUGGGUGAUUUCACUUAUGUUUUAUGACAUUGACAUGUGCAAAGUGUUUGGCUCUCUUGUGCUCUGUUUUUAUUGUAAAGCACUUGAAUUGUGUUUUGAAAGGUGCAAUAAAUAAAGUACAAUAUUAUUAA